AUGUAUCGUGCGUGUUUCGUCGUUUCGGCGGUGCUGGCCCUUGCCACGUUUACCGGUGCUAUGCGCCACCAUCGUUACUUUAACCAACAUCACCAUGAUGUGCCGCCCCGUGGGUGUCAUCGACACCAUCACCACCACCAUCACUUCCGGAGCCCACCGACUGUACCGCGCUUUGAAAUCUAUAAACCACAGGGUCUGGAAGUGUACAUUACCGAUCAGAACCAAUCGGCGACCUUCUUUUCGAUCGACAUUUUUGUGAACGGAGAAACUGGCAGCCCCGUAGUGUCGCAAAACAUUACCAAGCCAGAGUAUGGGAAGUUUAUCGUGUACGAUGCGAACGCUCUGCUCAAGCCGGGUGAUACGGUGUCGUACGUGGCACAGCUGGGACUGACCAACAGUCAGCCUCUGCAGUAUAACCACAGGUUCAUCGUGAGAGAUGAUAUGGUCCGGCGCAACUGUACCUGCGAAGAUCUGGAAGCUCCAAGGAGACGAAGCUUCCAUUCUUUUCUUCGCACGACUCCCAAAAGGAUUCGGCUUAAUUCACGCCUUGUGCCGAUCAAAAAGGUAACACGACCGACUACAACUACAACCGAAGCAACGGCUAACGCCACGGAGACGACCACGAAGAGGUUCACAGGAGCAGACAGCAUCUACACCGACUACGAGUACCACGACGAGCCCAAGUUCGAAUGUGAGAUCGAUCCUUCCACCAACCUGUGCAAGUCAGCCGUCUCAGCUCAGACGAGGACUCUGAAGCUCGGCAAAAUGGUGGCGGAACCCGCACCUGCCCGAGAGCGCAUCGUUCUGGAAGGGAUCGUAACGAUGAUGCAAAACCAGUGCUCGCCUUGGAGCCGAUCCAACUACUUAACGUUCACCAAGCCCACAGCGGAAGACCAGACUGUAAGCGACUGGGUGCAGUACGUCAAGACGAAGCUUUCGAUGACACCGGAAAUCAAACAGCUUGUGGCCAGUACGGUGCAGGAAGCUAAGCCCGACGGGACCAGUGUGCUAUUCAAGACGACCACUCUGCUGGACAAGCUGAAGUUGCUGUUCCUUUGCCAGGAAGCGGGCAUUAAGGGGGUGCAGGACUACGAUUUCUAUCCGGUGAUUCAGGCGACUAUCGAUUUGAACUGAAAGUGUGUUCUGGGAAGUGUGAAAAUAGUAGCAAAAGUGAAACCGAUCAAGUGUUUGUGCUCGUUGUGAAAUAUACCGGACUCCAGCU